AUGUCAUCCGAACUUCAGAGUGUCAGUCGAACAGCCAACGAGCUGAUUCUUUUUACACCACCAUCAUCACACGAACUCCACUUCCACCGCUCAACAAACACAACCGAAGAUGCAUCGAUCUCUGUUAUUAUCCUAUGUUUUUACUUAAUUCAUAGACAGGAUUUUGAUGAUGCCAUAGCAAUAGAUAUUACAAAAUCUUUACAACGUGUCGGCAAGUACCUCAUCCAGCAUAAAUUCUUUGAAAGGGAUCAAAGAGUCACCCAUUAUGAACUUGUUCAUAUGGAGCCAUACUUCAUGACGUCAUUUCCGAAAAUCCCACUGAGGCGAGUCCCGGCGGCGGUGCAGAACGAAUGUAGGCGGGGCUUCGUUCCCUGUUUGAAGAGAAUCGACUUCCUUAUCAAUAAGAAGUUUCCAAGGAAACAAUUGUUUCAGAUCCGGACGGCAGCUUCUUACUACAUGUGCUGGUACACGAUGAUGUCAGAGCCACUGCUGGAAAGGUUCUACAAGACCUGCCAUAUCCCUUACAACUGGACAGAGCUGGCCGAGGAUUACAGAGGCUAUGAUAAGAGGCUCUUCGACUGUGCCCUCCACAGUUUUUGCCCCGAUCCGUGUUGCGGUCAUCUGAACCGAACGUCAUCUCGAAAUCGAAUUUUCAGGCCGACGAUGUUGAGACCGUACGUCAGAGGAACUGCCCAGUUUGCCAAGGAUUGCACGGAGCUCCCCGACUUCCCCUGCGGUUUCGCGGCCGGCGGGUGCAAGCUUGACCCCAAAAAAAACAGAAGUUUCCUUGACCUAAUUAAUAAUAGAUUUAAUACAACCUGCUCGUGUCUCUAUUACAAGAGUGGCUAUGUCUUCGAUGAAGUUUUUCGCCUUUGUGUUGUUGUCAUAUUCGCGAAAUGGCUUUGGAAGUUGAUAUGGAACUCCAUACCGAAGGGUAGAAGACUACAAUGA